GACCCAGCACCAGCUGAGAAUGCCAGUGCUGCCUCCCUACCCCAGUCCCGCCCCAUCUUGUGGCCACGCCCCACUCCUCCAAGCCCCGCCCCUAGCCCCGCCCAGCCCAGCCCCUAGCCCCAGCUUAACACUCUCUAGCAAGCCCCUUCCACCCGGGGAGUCCUAUUCACAGCAUGAGGUGCCUGUACGGACUGGCACUGUGCAGCUCACUGGAAAUCGGUCACUUCCCAGGGACCCCAGCCCUACAGUAUUUUUCACUAAGCCUGGGAAUUUAGUGAGGCUCAGUGAACCAUCAAUUACGCAACCGUAUCAGCCAUCUUUUGAAGAUUCUGCCUACUUAAAUUGUACGCUAAAAUGUUAACAUUGCAAAAAAAUACUUGAAGAUGGUAAAAGAUAGUAAGACCCUGUCUCAAAAAUAAAGUAGGGAGUUGUUGAGGAAGAGAUCAACUCUGGAUUGAGAGAGGUCGACACUGGAUCUUGACUUCUGGAUUCCACAGGAGGCUGAGGCAGAAGAAGGCAAACCCAGGAACCCAGUGCAUCCUGUGCCACAAAAGGAAAACCCGGGUCAACAGAAGGAGGGAAAUCAUUCGAGUAGCAUCCAGAACAUUCCUGAGCUGUGACUUCAUUGGAUGCAUCACUACCAACCAUGUCCAGUGAUACGGAGGAGGAGUCCUCAGAGCCCAGCACCGUGCCCAGCAUCUUUGGGGAAGAGGUGUUCACCAGGCAGUACACCAUCCUGAAGGCCUUAGGCCAGGGUGGCAGUGCGAAGGUCAUGCUGGCCCUGCACCGUCUCACGGGCGCCACAGUCGCGGUGAAGGCUCUGAUGAAGCAGGAGAAGCGGAGUGAGCCACCAGCGUCUGAGGUCGACAUCAUGAGGAUGCUCAGACAUCCUAACAUUGUUUCCCUCCUGCAGGUGAUAGAGACAGAGUGGAACAUUUACUUAAUUAUGGAAGUGGCUGAGGGAGAACAGCUAUUCAAUCGCAUCCAGAAGUCUGGAUGCCUGAAGGAAGAUGAGGCGAGAAGCAUAUUAGUUCAGCUGUUUAGUGCCAUAGGCUACUGCCACGAUGAAGGCGUCGCUCAUAGAGACCUAAAGCCUGACAAUGUCAUAGUGGAUGAGCACGGGAAGGUGAAAAUUAUUGACUUUGGCCUAGGUGUCAGAUGCAGGCCUGGGCAAAAGCUGGAAAAGCCAUGUGGCACCUUUGAGUUCAUUCCUCCUGAAGUCUUCCUGGGCUUCCCUUAUGAUGGCCCCAAAGUAGAUGUCUGGACCUUGGGGGUCCUCUUAUAUUAUAUGGUGACAGGGAUUGUCCCAUUUGCAGGGGCCACCUUGUCAGAACUCAGGGAACAAGUUCUGUACGGGAGGUAUGACAUCCCCUAUCAGCUUUCCAAAGACUUAAGGAGCAUGAUCAGCCUAUUACUAACCGUGAAUUCAAGGCAGAGGCCAACUGUGCGGGACCUCAUGAACCACCCAUGGCUUCAGAAAGGGGAAAAGACGUUUACAAUUCAUUGCAAUGGAGACACCAGCUGCCCAGACCUUGAGAUUAUGGCAGCCAUGCAAAACAUUGGGUUUGACACCCAGGAUAUAAGACAAUCUUUAAAACACAGGAAGUUCAAUGAAACCAUGGCUGUAUACUACCUACUGAGAGGUCAGGCAUGCCAGGACUGUGACAGUAAUGUCCACACAAAGAUAAUGAACCCAGGAGCAACACCUUUUCCUUCUGUUGAAGACCCUGACAUGUUUUCCCUGCCCCUCAGGAGAAGGGCCAGUGAACCUUCUCUUCGGAUAUUAGUCUCACCCACAGAAAACCCUGAUCAGAGUCAAAGGAAGGAGAUGGAUGACCCUGACCUGCCCGAGAAGACACCCAAUCUGGGCAGAGGUCACAAGCGCUCUAUGACUGCGCCAUGUAUUUACUUUCCAAGACACAUUGUGAUUGAUGUGGAAGACACCAGCUUCUCUACUAGCUCCCGGUCAGAAAAGGCCUCAAGUGGCCUGGAACAGAGCAGAACUUCAAUCUCAAGCUCCCUGCAGCCCAGGGGAUGGGCAGGAUGGAAGAAGAGGAUUCUGACAUGCAUCCUCAGACUAUGCUGCUGCAUGUCACCCCACAAAAGGUGUCCAAGGAAAGUGUACCCCCCAAAGUGAGGGGACACUGAGAUGACAAGAAGUGUGAGGCCUGGUCCAGGCUUUCUUCUGACUGGCCUCUCCAUCUCAGCACAGGCAGAAGCCCAGCCAAGCAGCAUGGAAGUCUAUCUUUUCCCAGUCUGCCUCUCAUUGGCUCCUGUUUCUGCCUGGUGUCCUAGUACCUGGGUGACCUGACAUCAGAGGAAGACUGGGGAGUUCACAGUCGGACACACUGCCCACUUGUCAGAAAAGAAAGAAGAGGGAGGAUGGUGCUGCCCUCAAGACUUUCCAGAAAUGGACCACCCCAGCUCAGGCUGGGAGCUCCUUCCUGCUCCUUCCACUAAAACUCAACCUGCAGCUACAACCGAGGGGCUAGCUCCUGUGGAGGGGGUUACCUUCAGUUCUGCCCUCUGGGACCUGCUGCUUCUGGGAACUGCUCUCCACAGAGGACUGCUCUUCACUGGUUUUUUGGGGCCUCUGAACGAUGACAGCUGUAACUCUCCCAGUCUCUCUUGAAUGGCAUCCUGCUGCCACUGAGAGUAUUAGAGUUCCUACUUUCUGGGUUGCAUUUCUUUUGUGUGUGUGUGUGUGUAUGUCUGAAUGGUUGCUCCUAUGUUGGAAAUAAAACCCCCUCUUUUUGUCUCCCUUCA